AUCUGGCACUGCAUGUUCUGGCCAUAGUUCACGUCCCUCUCAGGCACACUGACUACACCUUCACCCUAUUGCGUUGGCACUGACCUUUCUGCCAGUCUUGUCUGCCCUAUUCCUCCGGGUGCUCCUUACUGACGCUGUUAUGUGAGAACUAAUUGUUCACAGGUGUGGACUGUUGUCACACCUGAAGGAUGAUUCCAGAACUAAUGCUCAAAAACUACCAACAGAUCUUCAGUGAAAGACAAGUUAAAGAGGCACAAAGAAACUAUUGGUGGAAUUUGAUAGCUGAGUUAUUUGACUGGGGGGACAAAAGCGAGCUUUGAUUUUUUUUUUUUCCCCCAUCUUUCCUCACUUCGCCCAUAACUGGCAAACAGCACAGUUUUAACUUCAGCUUUAUAGUGGAACAAGUGGGGAACCCUCCUGAGUAGACCUUACUGAACUGGAGACUUUUCAUUUCAGAAAGAGGCUUUUUUUGGGACAGCUCAGAAGGAGACAUUUACAUGCUUGGAAUGCAAAAUAUUUUGGUGUUGCACAGAUAGAAAUCCUAACCUAAGAAAAUAAAAAUGGCGUCUGGAGAUUUCUGCUUACCUGGAGAAGGGAUGGAAAUAGUUCAACAAGUGUGCAGCAGACAGUUUCCUCCUUGUAACCUGAGUGAAGAAGACCUGCUGCAGAACCCACACUUCAGCCAGCUGCUGCUAAGCCUCUCCCAGUACAUGGACGAGAGUGGCUUAAGCCUCUCCCUGGCAAAGGAGCAGGCUGAGGCAUGGAAGGAAGUUCGACUGCAUAAGACAACGUGGUUGAGGUUUGAGAUUUUACAGCGAGUCCUUCAAGAGCUGCUUGUGGAUUACUAUGUGAAGAAGCAAGACACAAAUUUAACUUCUGAGGACAAAAAGUUCCUUGAGACCCUUGAACAUCGGCUCCUUGUGACUGAACUGUCACAGAUCUUAGGCCCUGGCCAGGAGAUGGAGACGCCUCUGCUGCUAGGGCUGCAGAAGACGGACUUUCUGGAGCUCAUGCCGCCCUCAGAGGAUUUUGUGUGGAUGCGAGCUCGGCUCCAGCUGGAGGUGGAGGAGCAGCUCAAGAGGAAAUGUUUCACUCUGCUUUGCUACCAUGACCCCAGUUCAGAUGCCGACAGUGAGACCCUGAAGGCUGCAAAGGUGUGGAAACUGGCAGAGGUGAUGGUGGCUGAGAAGCAGCAGUGCCAGGAUGCGCAGAGCCAGCAGAAGGAGCAGCUGGUGCUGCUGGAGAAGAAGAGUGCCAGCUACUCCCAGGUGCUUCUCCGCUGCCUCGCCUUGCUGCAGAGGCUCCUUCAGGAGCACCGGCUGCAGACUCAGUCCGAGCUGGACCGCAUCAAUGCGCACUACCUGGGAAUCAAGUGCAGUGCCAUGAUCCUUAAGCUGCGGAUGGAGGAACUGAAGGUCGUGUGUGACACUUACACUGCUGAGAAAGUGGAGGUUCACCGUGUCAUUAGGGACCGCUUAGAGGCAGGCAUUCGCCUGCAAGAGCAGGACAUGCAGAAGUCACAACAGGUGCUGAACACCUACGAGGUCCUCGGGGAGGAGUUCGACAGGCUGGUGAAGGAGUACACGCAGCUCAAGCAGGCCGCGGAGAACCGGCGCUGGGCCCUGCAGGAGUUCAGCAAGGCCUACCGCUGAGCGGGCAGAGCCAGGAGCAGCUCCCACAGCUGCCACUUCCGCCUCUUCCUGCUUAGAGGGCCGCUUCCACCCAGGGUGGGUCGGGACCUGUGCUUAAAAUGCUGGAGGUGCCUACCCACCCUCCGGGCGUCCUCCUUUAGCAUGACCGGGUCUACUCUGCAAGACAGCGGAUUUAUGUGACUUUGUACAUAGUUGUUUGUCAGUGUCAGCCCUGUGUUUGGUUUGGUUUUUUUUUGUUUGUUUGUUUUUGGUUUGCUCCUGAAUAAAGUGAUGGCAUUAUAUCUUA